AUGAACACCACUGGGCCCGCGAGCAAUCCCGUUGCAUUGAUACGACCAGAACAUAUUAUGCAGCGUAUGUUCAACUGCAAAACCUUUGCACAUCUGCCAAUUCCCAUGACCAACACGGUCUCCACGCUGAGCCAUCAAUCAUGGGACGAUCUACUGCGCUCAUGUUCCGCACCUGCUCUCAAGAACACAGAAGGCGACCUCGGUCGUCUUGGUGGCUCUCAUCUCACCACUGUUCCUACAGAGGGCACGGAUAAGAUGAACUGCCCCAAGAAGAGUCUUUGGACACAAACUGUUAAGACCGCUUCGUUGGAGAGAUGUGAGACGAGCCUGGAAGAACGAUUGCAGUCGAGACCAGUGAUCGCACCAUCAACAAAUUCCGCCCACCAAGAGCUGACCCAGUCGAUCCUUGCGACGCAUAGAUCAAGCUCGGCUGCUGCCAAUCCGAAAGUCGAAGGCAUUAUGCUCAGCUCUGUCGUCCACUUACAGUACACUAUCAAGGUUCCAGGAGACAACGGGAGAGUCUGGACAACCUUACAUGUUAACGUGCCAGCCGAAGUGACAGUGAGGCUGCCUACCAAUCAGCUUCAGACAGUAGUUGGAUAUCUUACCGAGUUUGCGUGGUUCGAAUGCGGAGACCCCAGCAUCCAGAGCGACAGCCAGGCCUUCUUCGAACACUUGCGAAACUCGUCAGUAGCCUUCUUUCCAGGCUAG